UUUCCGCAUGCCGAUAAAUUGAUGAACCUCGAUUGUUCCAGUGUGUGGAAGAACGCGUCGAAACGUGAUGUGUGAAGCCGUCCCGAGGUCCUGGCACGUGAAACCGGAGUUGCACCCGGGCACAGUCGGGGUUCCCGCCGGAGCAUUGUCUCCCCCGGCAACACUGUCGCCGCCGGUAAGCCCGAGUUCUGCUUUACCGGCGUCCCCCUGGAGUCCUGACGGCGGACGGGGGAGCAGCAACAGCAACAGCAGCAGGAGCAGCUCAAGCAGCAGCUGUAGCGGCAGCGGCAGCACCGCAGCCUCCACAAGGAUUCCACCGGCUCCCAUCCUGGACCGAUUCAGCGCCUUCACUCUAGUCUCCCACCAACAACAUCAUCCUGACCUCCGUCUGCCCAACUUAACGUUCACCGCAGGAACGACUGGCAACCGUGAAAUGCGGUGCGGUCUUGUUUACGGGGGUUACGCUAGCGGCAGCGUCGCUGGGGGUGCGGUUGGGGCUUUGCCUUGGUGGGCACACCACGCCGCAGGUCUUUUGCUGCCCCAUUCUCUACUGCCCUCGAGAAUACCGAGCCAUCAUCAAAACACGACGUCUACCGGGGCCCAACUACAUCCUGCUGAACCUUUGAGUCCAGCGCGGGCCAGUUCGCCAUUAACGCAUCAUGGUUACACCCCCGAGAAAGCCCGAAGUGCCGAAGAUGACGCGCCUCUAAAUCUAAGCACAAAACCAGGCGACAGUUCGCCGAGCCAUAGUUUGCGCAAAAGUGAGAUAUGGUCGCCAGGGUCAGUCUGUGAAAGAGAAGCGAAAGAAACGCGGCCUCCGUCGUCCUGGAGUCCCCCGAUCGCAUCAACCCCAGCCGUAUCGAGGCUCGUACAUUAUUCACCACUGACGCCACCCUCUUCCUCGGAGAGAACUUUCCAGUGCAAGCAGUGCGGAAAAGCAUUCAAGCGAUCUAGCACGCUGAGUACGCAUCUACUGAUCCACUCGGACACGCGGCCAUAUCCGUGCCAGUAUUGCGGCAAGAGGUUUCACCAGAAAUCAGACAUGAAGAAACACACCUACAUCCAUACCGGUGAAAAACCCCACAAGUGUGUAGUUUGCGGAAAAGCCUUUUCCCAGAGCAGUAAUCUGAUAACGCACAUGCGAAAGCACACCGGUUACAAACCGUUCCAGUGCGGCUUGUGCGAUAAGGCAUUCCAACGGAAGGUGGAUCUGCGAAGGCAUCGCGAAGGCCAGCAUCCCGCUGCUCCAGCUUUGGAUUAUCGUUCCCUGUCGUUGCCGCCCUCCGGUUCCCUCCAAAUAACGCAAUCUGCUGCCACGGAUCGUCGCGUGAUCGCGGAUGUACCCGAAACGAGCUGAACGUCGGAUAACGGAUCGAUGGAAUGAUAUGUGAGCCCAGAGAAAAAAGGAAAGGGGGAUAAAGUUUGUCUUUAAUUACCUUCCUUUAAACCUUUGGUUUCAAUUUUAUUCUAAAAUUCAUUCAAAGCAAAGGGAGAUGCUACGAUUUAUACCUGCGCCGGUGGCGACCUGAUUAAAAGUAUCGAGAACGGUCAACCGUGACGAAGUUUCG